AUGACUUCAUCAAGCAUUUUGUCAGAUGUGAAGAACAGCAUCUUGCAAAAGCUUGGGGUUUUUGGGAGCAAGUGGGUAAAAAAGCUAUUCUACAAGAUUCCCAUCGCAGUUGUCUCGACCGGUGUUAAGUAUGAUAUGUUUGUGCUAGCGGCUGAUGAAGAUAUUAGGGUUCUGUUUCAUUGUGUUAGAAGUUUUCCGAAGAUCAGAAUACACGAGUUGUUCGCGAAGUUGGAGGCUGGUGUCGAUAGUUCUGGGGCAUCAGCUCCAGUUCAUAGCUUGACUGCCGCGGGCGGUGCGUCUAGUUCGAUGCCUGCGGUUUUACCAUCGGUUCUGCAGACCGCAUCCCCGUCAUUCGCGGCUGAUUUAGAUCGAACGGAGGCAGUUGGUUCUGCACCGUUGGAGAAUCCAGGGGUUUGGCAGCAGGCAUUUGAGGUGGGCACCGGUGGUGGCAUGAUUCAUGAUGUUCAAGGCUUCGGAGAACCUGAUCGAGUAGAGAAUGCAAUGCGGGACGAUGACUCUGACCAGAAGCCUGUAGAUAUCAUUGAGGACAACGAUGAUGACACAGGUGCCAAUCCACAUACACAGCAUGGGCCUUCAAGUUCUGGCACACAACAGUACCGUCCACACUUCUCCACCCUAAACUUGGAGGCUCUGGGUCAACAGGCGGACGGUGGUGCUACAAUUGGGGGUUCUUCAACAAAAUUUCAGAUUAGGCAAUCAUUCCAGAAUAAAGAUGAAGCUGUGCUGAGUGUGAAGGACUAUAGCAUCCGUCGAGGUGUUGAGUACAGAGUCUUGGAAUCGGAUCAUCUGAAGUAUCAUGGAAAAUGCAAGGAGUUCGGCAAGGGUUAUAGUUGGUUGAUUCGCAUAUCGCUGCUAAUGACUGUUCAGCCUAGCCAAGUGAUACAAGCCCGCGGUCUCUAG